AUGUCGGCGGUUGCCGCCGGUUUCCUGUUUGUGCUGGCGAUGAGUCUGCUCUACCCACCCGAGCCUCUCGGCCGGCCCCGACCCGGCACGGGGCCGCGCCGGGUCACGCUUCUGAUAUGGGCGCACCCUUUCAACAGGUACCACGCGCUUCCGGACUGCGAGGCGCUCUACGGCAUCCGCGCGUGCACGCUGACGGACGACAGCGGCGCGUACGCGCACGCCGACGCCGUCAUCGUGCAUCACCGGGAAGUCGCCGGCGACUCGGGCCGGCUGCCGCCGGAACCGCGGCCGCAGGCCCAGAAGUGGAUUUGGAUGAACUUCGAGUCCCCGACGCACACGCGCGGGCUGUGGCGGCUCGAGGGUGUUUUUAACCUCACCAUGACCUAUCGGGCGGACUCGGAUAUCUUCCUGCCCUACGGGUACUUGAUCCCGCUGCCACCCGGAGCCCCGGGACCGCGGUACGGGCGUGCCCUCCGCGGGCCCUCGCGUUCACGCCCGAGACCCCGCCUCGCGGCCUGGGUCAUCAGCAACUGGUCCGAGUCUCACGCACGCGUGGCGUUUUAUUAUCAGCUCAGCCGUUAUGUGCAGGUGGACGUGUUCGGCCUCGCAGGGCGCCCCGUACCGGAGGACAGUGGCAGUGGCAGCCUGGUGCGGCUGGUCAGGCGGUACCAGUUUUACCUGGCGCUGGAGAACUCGCAGCACACGGACUACAUCACGGAGAAGCUGUGGAACGCCAUACUGGCCGGGGCUGUGCCCGUGGUCCUGGGCCCAACCAGGGAAAACUAUGAACGCUUCCUGCCCCCCGAGGCCUUCAUCCACGUAGACGACUUCCCUACGGUCAGAGCUCUGGCCCGCUACCUGCUGCUGCUCAGGCGUAACCCGGACAGGCUGCAGCAUCACCUAGACUGGAGGAGGAGCUACAGCGUCCACCUGCCCCAUUUCUGGGGCGAACACUAUUGCACAGCCUGCCGGGCUGUGAGAAACGCCAAAGACAGGACCGACGUGGUCACAGACCUCGCAGGCUGGUUUCAGUCUUGAAGUAGUCCGACGAGCGGUAGACAGAAUGAAGGCAACCCAGCGUACCAGCAGACAACUUGUUGCUGGACGACAGGGGAAAGGAAAAGCUAUACGUGCACAAACCGGAGUACCUUUGCUAAAAAAAAAUUGGGGUGAAUCUCGGGUUGAAAUGAACAAAAUGUCCAAAGUUAUUUAUUGUCGACCAGAAUUUGAUGUAAAACUGUGUUAUGGAAAACAUGAAAUGAUGGAGAAGGGUACUAUUAAUAUGUACAUAAAGAGAGAUAGGGUGUGUGUGUGUGUGUGAG